UGGUCACGCAUGCUGGGACGUGACACGUUUGCUGUCGUUUUGGCCUAGACAUGAUCGUGUUGUUGCUAAUUCUGUGACGGGUACCAUCAUGUACACAACACUCACAGUACUGGUGGCGCUUAUUGUGCAGGCAGUCGUCGAUGUGCGGUGUGACGUCACAGCUACUCCGUUGUAUAAUGGUAUACGCUGUCUAGAGUGUCAUGAAGUGGCCAAGCCCUCGGACUGCACCAUGUGGGUUUCAUGUGGAGAGGAGGAAGAGUGCUAUACCAGGGAGUAUUACAACAGAAACAUGAUACGAGGCUACCACAUGGGCUGUGAGCUCAAGUCUAGAUGUGACAUGUACCGGCGCAUGUCUGUCCUUUUAGGGAAGAGGGACACGCCCACCUGCUUCGAGUGUUGCGACAGUGACGACUGCAACAGUGCCCUCUGCGGUGUUGGGACAGGGCAGUCACCGACACAGAACAAAAAUCACCGCUGCCUUGACUGUCACUCGGUGGCCGAUCCCCGGAUGUGCGACCGUUGGUCCGUGUGUGGAGUGGAUGAGGUUUGCUAUACCCAGGCGUCCCUUGAUUCCACAGGACAACUGCGGUUCAGGCUCGGCUGUGAGUUUCAGCAGGCGUGUCUGGUCCCCAGCAACCAGACCGGGUCCGACCCCAUGACGUGUAUGGAGUGCUGUGAGUCGAACGACUGCAACAGUCAGCUGUGUCGCGCCGCCGUCAAUCAAAUCGCUUCCACCUCACCUGUCCCGCCAACCGAUAUUGCUGCAAUGGGAUGUCCCCAGAACUUCUCCAAGGGAGGUAACUCGUGCUACUACUUCUCCAACGAAACCAAGGCCUGGGCAACUGCUUUGACAGCGUGCAGAGGAUUAGGGGCGGAUCUUGUUUCCAUAGAAACGCAGUCAGAAAGUGACGCUAUAACUCAAAUUCUCAUUUCAACUUUACAGACGCAGGUGACAGGCUACUGGAUCGGUGGGUACUAUGUAACCGCGACCUCCUCCUGGACAUGGCCCGACUACCAGCCCAUCACGUUCACAAACUGGGGGCCCAGUCAGCCCCGGUACAAGUCGUACACCUACACGAUCACCAUGCUGAAUCCCCAGAAGAACUCGGGUUUCACUGUCUGGGGCUGGGCGUCCGUUGCCGCUACGACGGCAUACAACUACAUCUGCGAGACGAAGGCUCAGUAGGCUGAUAUUUCAAUAAAACAUGGCUGUGAAGUUG